AUGGAUCGUUUGACGAAAUAUAUGCGAUUGUUGGCUCUUCGGAAGAGUGUCACUGCCUUAGACUUGGUUGCGGUCUACUUGGAGAAGGUUUUCCUGAUUUUGGAAUCAAGAAGGAUCUUUGAUGCAUUGCCGGCCAAGAACAUCGCGUCAUGGAUGGCGCUCGUGAGCGUGUAUGCCGAGAGUGGGCAUCCGGGCGAGGCCAAGGCAGCAUUCAAUCGAAUGGCGGUGCGGGAUGUAGUUUCCUCCACUGCGAUGGUCAAGGCGCUGGGCGAUUGCGGGCGGAUUGGAUCGAGCAAGGCAGUGUUUGAUGCGAUGCCCGAGAGGAACUGCAAGAUGUGGGCGAUGCUGCUGCGGGGAUUUGCUCGUGGCGGAGAGAUUGGGCGAGCGAGAGAAGUGCUGGAUCGGAUGCCCAAGACGAAUGUGGUAGCAUGGACGAUCCUCGUGCAGGGUUUUGCGCAGCACGGGCAAGUGGGCGAUGCGAAGGCUGCGUUUGAUUCCAUGCCCGAGAAGAACAGAAAAACAUGCUGA